ACAAUCUACUCCCUCAUCUUAUCACCCCAAAAAAAAAAACACACACACAAUUUUGCAUCUAACCAAAAAAAACCCAAAAAUUCCUAAACUUUCACACCCAAAUUCAAGAAAAACCCAGAUCAUAAUUCAUAAACAAUGGAGAGCAAUAUGAAUUGCGAAACAAGAGACACAACAAUUAACUGCGCAAACGGUUGCGGAUUUUUUGGAACCGCAGCAACAAUGAAUCUAUGUUCAAAGUGUUACAGAGACCACCGCUUGAAGGAAGAACAAACCGCCGCAGUUGGGAAGUCGAUGACCUCGAUUUUAACGUCACAACCGGAGCAUAAAGAGGAGAGAGAAAGUGGAAAAUCUGUCGAGAUUGUUGCGGAGGCAGCGACGAUGGAGGUUGCACAACAUAGUUUGAAGAAAGGGAGAUGUGGGAGCUGUAAUAAGAAGGUUGGAGUGGUGGGGUUUAAGUGUAAAUGUGGGGUUACUUUUUGUGGGUCCCAUAGAUACCCUGAAGAACAUCAAUGUAAAUUUGAUUAUAAGGUGGUUGGAAGAGAAGAACUUGCUAAAGCUAAUCCUCAAAUUGUAGCUGAUAAAUUGCAGAGAAUAUAAAUGUUUUUCUUUUUUUGGGAGUUGCGUUACUUUGGUUAUUUCCAAGUGUGGAUUUUUCUUUUUUUCUUUUUUUUCUUUUGUUCUACGAUUUGUUUGGUUGAUUUAGUGAAUGUAAUUAGUAUGCUUAUGGGAUUAAUGAUAUUAGUCGAUUCUUUUUAGUAUCAAA